GGCUUUGAAUUGAGGGAGAGCUUUUAGUUUGUAAAGAAGACUCGAAAUAGGCAGUUCGUUCCUGGGGAAAAUAAACCAGAAAUAGAAUAAUGAAGUCCUUGGCCAUAUUUGCUGUAAUAUGUGUCCUGUUUGGCCUAACUUUCGGAUUAAAAGAUCCCAUUUGUGGACAAAUGCCUGCUGCCAAUGGCUUUCAAUAUAUGCGCUGCUUUGGUUAUAAUAUUUAUUAUUCCUACCAUCGCAUGAGCAACGAGUGUCUGCCUUUCAAUUAUGGCGGUUGUGGCGGAAACAUGAAUAAGUUUACUUCAAAAGCGAGCUGUGAGGAGGCAUGUAAGGAAAUGACAAAUGUUUUCCUUAAAUAUUAAACAAAAAAGAGUUUUUUAAAUAAAUAACUCGCAAAAUUGGUCUGAAUGUCA